UGUGCCUGCGAGUUUUGCUUCUAGUGGAGAAACUGGAGGGAUACUCUGGGAGGACUGGAAAACUGUGGAUCGAAUUAGGAUGUUGAAAUCUCUAUGCAAAAAAGCAACGAAGAGGAACGGGAACAUGAGAAAGGUCUGCCUGAACUAACUUUCUGCGAAGGGGAAAAAAAGGGAUUUUUCUUUCACUUUUAUUUCCUGAUCAAACAGAGGACAAUCGGUCGGGAGGAGUUGGAUCUGUAUGUAUAAAUAUUCCAAGACCAAAGGGGGAUGCUAUGUGCAAACCUUCUGCAACCUGCCCAGCCUUUCAGAAUUUAUGUAAUUCCCAAACUGAAACCAAAUAAACUAGGAAAUCGAAACUCAGGAGAAGAUGUCAGAAGAGCUUACACUCACUGCUCAAGGAGGUUAUCCUGAAGACCAGGAGCUGAUGUCACAGAAGAGGAUGACUUUCCCACCCCCAGAUAGUGACAUAAAUAAUGCCCCCCCAAAUGAAACUCAGGAAACCAGCCCGGUGGACUCAGCUAAAGAUACAGACACAUUGAGUCUUCUCUACCAUGAAUCAAAUAGUUUGACUGAGAAUUCCUGUAGGGCAGAUGAAGAAGAUUCUGUAAAGGAAACACCCGUGGAUUCUGAUGGAAUUUUGGUGACCAGAGAGACCAGUGACCACCCAGAAUGCAACACAGAGCUUCUGCCUUAUCCAGAAGACUUACCUGAUAAUUCUGUAGAGAAAGAUACAGUAGAUUCUUUAGAUGAAAGAACUGGACAUUCCCAGGAUUCUCCCAUGGAAGAGACAAACAGCUUAUCCCAAACCACCCCUGAAGAACAAGUGAGCCCCGUGAGUCAGCCCAGCCAGAAUGCCUCUGAGCAUCCUGAAGAAUCAAAAGAGGAUAUGCUGGAAGAGGAAACGGAGAAAUUAAUUCAAAUCCUUGAAGGCACAGAGAAAAAGAGAUCCUUGAUGGAAGGGCAGACUGUAAGCGGAUCACAGACUGAACCCUCUCCAGAAGAUACCGGCCAGUGUCUUUCACAAGAAGGAUGGAAGCAGAGCAGAGUGCAAGAAUGGCUGCAGAGUCAUUGCCGACCUUUUCAAAGCAGUGGCCUUGUCUACUUACUGGCAGUUGGUGUGGCUUUGGUUGCCAUUUUCAUAAGCUGCAGCGGCUACUACACUUCUCGCCCGCAAAACGUGCCAAAAAACCCAGCUGUGGAGGCCUUCUUGAAAAGGUUUGAUCCCCUAAAGAACAGCUUCCCAGGUCAAAGGCCUUACCUGUGGGGGCGGGUACAGAAAGUCCUUCAGAAGCACCUCAAUACGUCCCACCACACCGAACCAGCCAUCUUAAUCUUCACCGCUGCCCAGGAAGGCAAAUCAACCUUGAAGUGCCUCAGCAUCCAGAUUGCCAGUGCUUAUUCCUCAUCUCUCCAGGGCAGCACAAUCCAGGUAGAUGGAGCUUCUAAAUCCACUCUGAGCAGUGACAUUGCUAAAUUGGAAGUCGAUGAGGAGCUGAGCAGUGGUUUCCAUGGAGAUGGGAAGACAGCAGUGGUACAUCAGUUUGAAUCCCUGCCCGCUGGUUCCACCUUGAUUUUUUACAAGUACUGUGACCACGAGAGUGCAGCUUUCAAAGAUGUGGCACUGAUUUUAACUGUUCUUCUGGAGGAUGACAAAUUGGAAGCUAAUGUUGGCAUGCAGAGUGUGGAAGAGAAAGUACGAGACUUCCUCUGGGCCAAGUUUACCAACACAGACACUCCCAGCUCCUACAAUAGCAUGGACACAGAUAAGCUGAGUGGGCUGUGGAGCCGCAUAUCCCACCUUGUCCUGCCAGUUCUUCCAGUACAAGCUAUAGAGGAUGCUGGCUGCCCUUUGCAAACGAGACUACAAGGUGAAUAAGGUGGACUUCAAGGGGAAGCUAGGAAAAUCUGAGGGGUUUGCACCAACCAGGAAGCCUUUUUAAAGAGGCUAUAAGCCACACAGCAGCAUUAAAGUUGUGAGCUUAUAUUAGACCAGUUAUGCAUUUGGGGUGUCUGUUUUGAUCUUUCUGAACAUUAGAGAAGAAAUAAGCAGGACCUUCCAUGGCUUACUUUUAUGACUGUUUUGCUAUUUAUGUCGCAAUCAAAGAGUAUUUUUAAAAAAUUAUGUAGAGGAAAGCAGGUGAUACUUUGCACAUUGUAUAUCCAGAAAGUCUUUGCUGCUGAAGGAAAAUGGAGAGAGUACUAAAACACGCUAUUUUAUAUUCAUUCCAGCCUUGCAGAUGCCUUGUCAAUCUAAAAGUAAUAAAUCACGCAUCUGUGGCAAGCCAUGACAAUUCAAAGGCUGUCUGCACUGCGGAGUUGAGCACAUCAUAGGGUGUUUAAAGUGGAAAUUAAGUUUAAUGUAGCACAGGAGAAACCUUAACAGCUCUGACUAUUGAUUCCAGCUGCUAUGUUGACAACCAAGGGAGCAGGAUAGGCUAAGCAUAAGGCAUGCGUGGCUUGUGGGAAUAGGAAGCACCAAGUUAGCACAAAGGUACGUUCUCCUAAGUCUCAUGCAGAUGGACUCUUGGCACACUGCAAAACUCUGGCUUUCUUAACUUCGACGUAGGAAAUGGAUCUACCGUGUGCUUGCUGAGUGAGCUAGGCUUUUGCUUGCUUUGGCAGCACGUGUACUAAAAUUGAAGUGAGCCAGGUUGAAGAGCAGGUUAACCCUGUAUGUGCUAGAACACAUUUGUUAAUGAAUGAUAGUGAGGGAGAUGAUUUCACCAGAAACAGAUAGGGGUGUGAUAACCCAGUGAUGACGCUGGCACGUAAUUGAAGUACAGAUGGGAGCAUCACAUCAGGGAGGUCACAUAACAUCAAUAUAUGCCAGUGACCCACAUGUUCAGGCAGAUCUUGAGCAUGUGAAGCUGGGUAGAAUCUUAAUGGAAGAAUGCAUUGUUAAAUGAGAGGCAAAGCCAAUCUGGGAUGUGGCAGGCAAACCCAGGAAGCAGGAAAGGGGAGAUGAUAAUGAGUGUGGGGAUGUGGAAUGGAGAGAGAUGAUAGAAAAGGACUGUGAAUAUAGCUGGAGUGUGUCAUUGUCUAAAGGGAAUCUCUCAGGACAAAUCCUCUCCAAAGUAGGCAGUGACAAAUUGUCUGUGAACAGAGAUGUUAUUUUUUUGUUGUUAGGACUUUUGUGUCAGAAUCUGAUCCCUCUGUCUACAUGCAGUGUGCUGGUGGGUUACUGUAGUUUGGACUUAACAGCCACAGCCACUACUCAGCAUGACAAUAAUUCCCGUGCAUUUUCCAUGGAACCCCUGCACAUUGCUGUCAGUUCAUGUGUGGCCUGGUUAGGCCUCUCAGCCCUUGCUCUUAUGCCACACAGACUGAGAGUACAACUUACUCCAGCCAGUGUGGUAGAGCAGUUAGAAUGUCAGACUUGGAUCUGAGAGUCUUAGGUCUGAAUUGUCACUCUGCUGUGGACGCUUGCUGGGUGAUCUUGAGCCAGUUGUACACUCAGCUUAACCUACCUCACAGGAUUGUUGUGAGGAUAAAAUAGAAGAGGGGAGAACAAUGGCCAUUUCCACACAUCCUUAAAGGGAUGGCCCACUCCCCGAACACUGGCAUCUUUUCCCCUUGACUCCCUUUUCUCCAGACCCUGGGAAAGUCCCAGAAAAGGUGCCGAAAAAGCGGAAGCCAUACAGUCUGCAACUGUUUUGAAAAUGGAGAUGUCUGGAGUCAAGGGGAAAAAGCUGCCAGCAUUCGGUGAGUGGGCUAUCCCUUUCAGGACGUGUGGAAACGGCCAAUGUAAGCUGAUUUGUGUCCUCAUUGGGGGGGAGGCGAGGUAUAAAUGAAGUAAAUAAAUAAUAAAACAUACUCAAUACUCAAAACAAAUAAUAAAACAUACUCAAUCCUCCCCUGAGUUUCUUUCAGGGAAGGCUGAUCCCCGUUACUAAUCUGUCAUAGAGGCCUAGCUGAAAAAAUUCUAAGGAAUCCAUAGUUUGAAAGCCACUACUUCAAAGGAAGCAAAGAAGUAAAGAAAGAUUACAGCUGUUUUCACACAGGGAAACCCUCACAGUAAACAGAAGCAUUCAGAAACCUUCAUGCCCAAUUAAGUCACAAUUCUACUAGCUCUAAUCCCACCCCCACCCCCAUUGAGACCUAAUUUUCUUCCACUCAGAGGGGAAACCACUCAGAGGUGGCUAUGGUGGAGUGGCCUCUGGAUGCUCCGUUCUAUCCUCUGCCAUAGUAUGGACAGAGGCAGAGAUCAGCUCUGCUUUAAAAUGUCACAGGGAAGCUCACUGCCACACACCAUUUUCAUCACUUCUGAGCUUUCGUAAAGGUUAUCAUAGAGAAAAGAGGGAAGAGUGGGAGGUGGGGUCAGCGGCGGCAGAUAGUAAAACGAGGAGGCAUAUGGGCACUGUUUCCGCCUCCUCCUGCCCCAUUUGCAGCUGCUGCCAUGGGGGGGUGAGUGUUUUUGCACCCCUGUCAAGAUGCAGGCAGGGUAAAAUCAAGAGAAUGGAGGGCCUGUAUUUAAAACAAAUGAGGGCAAGUAAAAUGAUAUAUAAAAAUACAGGAUUUGAGAGGCAAUACAUUUAAAGUAAGGUUAUGAUGGUGAAAGAUUUUAAAAGAUAUUUAAAACAGAAAAAAUAACAAAAGAUAAUUAUUCAGACUGUUUAUUAGGAUGCCUGUUAAAAAUGAAAUAGAAAAAGCAGGAAAAGAAAUAGAAAAAGAGAAAUAGGAAAAAAUCCUAUUAAGAAAAAUGAAUUACACAGUAUCUCAGAAAGAAAUAACAGGAGGAUUCAUACAGUACUACAAGAAACUGAAUUAUCAAGUCAAACUAUUAAAGAUAUUUUAGGAGCAGGCUCUCCCAGUAAUAUACAGGACUAUUGGAGGUCCAAUAACAGGGGAAGUAUGGCUGGCAUUAGUAAUUUAUUCUGUUACAAAUAAUUCUUCUGACUUUACCAUUAAUGAAUGUACGUAGAAUUAACUGUAUACUGCUAAAAAGUUGGGCCGAGAUUAAGCUAAAUAUAGUAACGAAAUCAGGUAAAGGCCAUUUCUGAAUAGAUUCUUGCCAUCCCGUUUCACUGUUCUCCCAGGGAAUUUUUUUCUGUUCAAGGUUGAAAUCAAUUACGUACCCUAGUCAUGGACUCAGAAAAAGGACAUUUGUUGCUUUGAGAUGAUAACUGGUUACCCCGGAUUGAUUUUGUGGAGUUUACUAAUUAACCCCAAUGAAAUUUAUUUGAAUUUGACAACAAGAAUAUGAAUGUUUAACAAUACACACUGUAUACCACAUCUGCUGCAAACACACACAUAAAUUAUUAUGACUCACGGUGUAUGUUUGUACCCAUAAGCGUGUCUGGUAACCAAUGACAACUGUAUUUUGUUUAUAAAAUGAAAAAGUGACAGUUCUGUUAAAAACAGAACAAAUAAUUUUAGCUUAGUCACUAGUGAAACUUAGCUGGUGUAGUUUGUACCCCAAUAGUUAACUUUGUACCCCAAUAGUUAACAUGAGCUGUGUUACAAAGUUACCUCAGUGUGAAAAUUCAGGUUUUUCUGUGAUAAAGGAAGAAAUAAACAAUAAUUAAUUUUUCUUUGGGAUGGCCAUUAAUUUUUAAAUUUUUGUAAGGAAAGUGCUCCUGAAGAAUGUAAUCCAAGACAAGGAUUAUCAGUACAUAACUGAUGGGUAAAAUAGAUCAUUAUCCUGUAACACGGGGAGGCUGGUUAAUAUUAUACACACAUAUAUACUGUCAAUCCUUGAGUGAUCUUUGCUAUUUAUAGAUGAAGAGAUUUGAUCAGAUGGACUGGCUUUAUCACAAUUUUUAGAUGCAUUUUACACAGGGUAUGGUUUCAGAACCCUACUGCAAAAAUUAUUACAGAUUUUAACUUACAUGAAAAUGUUUGUCUUUUUUGAGGCAUAAAACAGGGCUGCCCGAGUGAUACAAUUUUAUUCUGUGGUCUUUGAAUCACUGGCCAUAAUCAUGUGCGAGGCAGUAGUGACAUUUCUGGAAUUGCAGAUACACUAAAAAUCCUUUUAAUCAGAUGAUAUAGAUUUAAUUAACAGUCUAAAGCAUCGGGGUUACAGGCAGUUAUAUGUAUUACAAAUACUUGACUCUAUCAGGUAAAUUUGGGGAAAAAAGCACACCAUGAAUGACUGCAAAAAAGAAUGAAAACCACUUCUUCCAAAUUCUUUAAUGCACCGAAGGGAGUUUAUGUCCGGAUUGCAGAUUCCUUUAAUGAGAUUUUAAAUAUUAAUUUGAGGCAAUCGUAGAAAAAUGCUAAAUACAGGAUAGGUUGAGAUUGAAGGUAUAAUUGGUUGGACAUUUUGUCAUCUAUUUCCCAGGUAUACAAAUGUGGCUCAUACAGGAAUAAUCUGACUUUGAGAAAUGAGUAGCCAAAACAAAUACAGCUAAGGCAACAGCCUAAGCAAUGACAACUCUUUCCUUGGUUGGAGCACAGGGUGAGGAUGAAAAAUAGCGAGGGAGUGCUUAGAAGGGCUAUCCGAGUAUCUCUGGCCUUGGUUAUGGGCAGAAUAAGGACUGAGUCCAUAGCCCGAUGCACACAAUACUGUGAAAACGUACAUUCUGCAUAAAUUCGUAGAUCUGUCUGUAAUAGUAGGUCUUUUCAGGAGCUACAUGCACAUAUAUCAGGAGCCCACCACCAUAAUAUAACCCUACUCAAUAUGCAUAGUCACCACAUUACGUAAAGAGGGGCAAUGCACAUCUGACCACAGGAUUGAUCAUGUAUCAUGUACCAAAAGUGUAUUCAUAUGCAAAAUAUGGGUGUUGCUCUCUUCACACAAAAGAGUAACUGUGUGUAUAAGGACAGGAGCAUCAUUGGUAGCAUGUGCUCCUGACAUGUACCCUUACAGGCCACCCAGUAUGCAUGGAUGUAACAUCAGAAAAGGCCUAAACAGUUAAUGUAAAUUCAA